UUUGCUUCAUUGUGUACUCCUGUUACCGGACGGUGAGCGCGCGCGUUAUCUGGUUUUCCUUAAAUUUACACAUCCGACUGACCCUUACUUUAUUUUAUUUUCCCUAUUUCUCUUUUAAUUAAAUAGUUGAAGUACGGUUUUUUACAUGUAAAGUUACCUCUCAUAGAUUUGUUUUGAUUUAUUUGUUUAUUUGUUUUUGCCUCAGUGCAUCAUACUGUGAGAGUGUUACUUGUAAUUUGUACUGAAUUUUACACAUGCAGCCGGCCCUUAUUUCAUUUUUUCCCUAUUUCCCUUUAAGGAAUCAGUUGAAAGGUUUGACAUAAGUAAAGUUACCUCUAACGGGUUUACUUGAUUUUUUUUUUAUUUUUUUAUUGAUUUUUGUUGUUGUUGUGAUCAUAUAGCUGUACAAGUCCUCAAGAAUGAGAUUUUAGAACUCUCCGAUCAUCAAUCUGAACGACGGAGUGCGUUCAGAAAAUACAAGAGCUCAUCUCCUCCGUUCAACCUUAAGCCAUAUGGCAUAGAUACUACUGAUCACAAGCAGGUGAUGACUUUCCAAUGUUCCCAAUCAUCUAGUCAGAUGGGAAUGAUGGUGAACAAAGAGCCGACAAGCCCUACGCCGUUCCCAUGCGAUUUGAACAUGGCGGCCGACGAUUUUGAGCUAGAGUCAAAACCACAGGCACAACCGGAGUCCCAGCCACAGCAACAGCUUCCACUGCCACUAGCGCUGCCAAACCUGAAGAACAAAAGGAGGAGCUGGACGCUGGAGCUCCAAGCAAGGUUUCUGGAGGCCAUGAGUUUACUUGGAGGUCCUCAAGAGGCUACUCCAAAGCAGAUACAAGCUGUCAUGCAGGUCGAUGGGCUAACCCACGACCAAGUCAAGAGUCAUCUGCAGAAGUACAGACUUAACAACCGAGGAGUCCAACCGGCCUCUGCCACAAGUGGCCAAAGGGCACCCCAUUUCUACAGGGACUAUUGGCAGCAACAACAGCAGCUCGAUGCAAGCAACGGUGGAGUAAGAGUUGGAGUAGGGUCUUCAAACGGUGGCGGUAGAAGCAGGGACAUUCCAAACAAGAAAGCAAAGACAAGUCGGUAAUAUGUGGUGACAGAUGAUCUGCCGGCAUAUUUAUAUUUUGUUGGUGUGCUCAAAUAUGGGCAUGCCCAAGAAGGUUCUCUAUUUUGGUCAAUUGUACUCUUUAUUUGGGAAGUGAUGUAGUAGUUAAAAUGCAAAUAGUUCAACAU